AUGGAGUAUUCAGUAGAGAGUAUUCCAUUGGUUCUCACUGUGUGUUCCAGUUUUCUUGCAUUCAUAAUAUUUUUCCUGAUAGAAAAGACAUUACAACUACGGGGACAAAAGAAUCUUCCUCCUGGAAAUCUGGGCCUCCCUCUGAUAGGCCAGACCAUUGAAUUCCUUAGAGCCCACAAAUCCAACACAGGCAAGGACUGGAUAAAAGAAAAGGUCAAAAAAUAUGGCCCCGUCUUCAAAACUUCCUUAAUGGGUUGCCCCACUGUCGUGCUCACCGGCCAAGAGGGUAAUCGUUUUGUGUUUGAAAGUGACGAAAGUACCAUUACUAACAAGCAGCGAAUAUCUGUUUCCAGGAUUAUUCGAAAGAAAAACAUUCUAGAACUCACUGGAGAAGAUCACAAGCGGAUGAGAGGUGCAAUCAUGCAGUUCCUCAAAUCCGAAGCGUUGCAAAAACUUAUUGCUUGUGACCCCAAAGAGAGACAAAUACUGGGCACUGAUUUCAGUGAAGCUAUUAAGGGCGUGUGGUCUUUUCCCUUGGAUUUACCUGGAACAACCUUUCGUUCUGGCUUGAAUGCUCGCUCUAGAAUAUGUAAACGUUUGUCAUCUUUAUUACAAGUGAGGAGGGAGGAAUUGCAAAAAGGAAAGUCUUCCCCUGAUAAGGAUUUAAUGUCAACCAUGCUGACCAUGACGGAAGAAAAUGUCAAGAUUUAA